CAUUGGUUACAAGAGCCAGACCGAUCAAGCCCUGAAUCCUGACCAGUGUGCAGGCGUUGGCGUCCUUGGUAUCGCAUGGGCCUUUGGUGGCAUGAUCUUCAUCCUCGUCUACUGCACCGCCGGCAUCUCUGGUGGCCAUAUUAAUCCGGCCGUGACUUUUGGGCUGUUAUUGGCUCGGAAAGUAACGUUGUUGAGAGCAGUGAUGUACAUGGUGGCUCAGUGCCUCGGUGCUAUUUGUGGUGUGGCUUUGGUCAAGUCAUUCCAGUCUGCUUACUACACCCGCUACGGUGGCGGCGCAAACGGUCUCUCGGAUGGUUAUAGCAUCGGCACCGGUGUUGCCGCCGAGAUCAUAGGUACAUUCGUCUUAGUCUACACCGUCUUCUCUGCCACUGACCCCAAGAGGAGUGCGCGUGACUCUCACGUCCCUGUAUUGGCUCCUUUACCAAUUGGAUUUGCAGUGUUCAUCGUUCACUUAGCUACAAUCCCAAUCACGGGCACUGGCAUUAACCCUGCAAGAAGUCUCGGAGCUGCAAUCAUCUACAACAAGGACAAAGCUUGGGAUCAUCAUUGGAUAUUCUGGGUGGGUCCGUUUGCGGGUGCAGCCAUUGCGGCUUUCUACCAUCAGUUUGUGUUGAGGGCUGGUGCGAUUAAGGCGCUCGGGUUGUCAAUGGCCGCUAGGUUACUUGCUUUGAGACGCGCUUUGUCUCUUUUCAGUAACCAACAACAUCGAAUUCCUUUGUCGCAAGUCUCAACAGAGCAGUUGUCGCUAUCAAACUCACUCUUCGGCAGAAAUCAUGUUUAUGGAAGAUUAUUUCAGAGACAAUUAUCUGUAAUCCGUGAGGCAAAUGAAGCUCCAGUAACCAAUGUCUGCAACUCUUCAAACUCUGCUACUGAAACGGCCAAAGUUCCCUCCCCUGCGACGGCCUCUGAAGAACUGAUGGUGAAGUACAAGUCCCAGUUGAAAGUAAACCCGAGGCAUGAUUUCAUGAUGGUCUUCACUUGCAAGGUCUGUGAUACAAGAUCUAUGAAGAUGGCGAGCCGAGAAUCAUAUGAAAACGGCGUUGUGAUGGUACGAUGUGGAGGGUGUGAUAAUCUUCAUUUGAUUGCAGACCGUCGUGGUUGGUUUGGAGAACCAGGAAGCGUGGAGGACUUUCUUGCUUCUCAAGGGGAAGAAUUCAAGAGAGGAUCCAUGGAUUCUCUUAACCUUACACCUGAAGAUUUAGCUGGAGGAAAGAUGUCUACUGAAUAAAGAGAGCUCUUUUUUGCUUUUGCUACUUAACCAUUAUGGAACGAAACUUCACCUUAUGUUCCAGUUUUAUUAUUGUUUCUUGUAGUUCACUGAUUGGUAACGUUUAAAUGCAGAAGAAGUUUGAUACAAUUAUGUGUUUGGAAUGUUCCAUAUAAAUUGAGAUGUUCUAU